AUGGCAUCUGAGCCACUCCCAGCGCAGCUCUCGGCGUACAGGCCAUCCAAACACGAGAGGGACGCUUACAACUACCUCUUCGAGAAGGCCGACACUCAGCAGCUCGGCGUACUCACGGGCGACCUCGCCGUCCCCUUCUUCUCCCACUCGUCCCUCCCGCCCCUCAUCCUCGGCGAGGUAUGGCAGAUCGCAGACCCCGACAACAGCGGAUUCCUCUCGCCCGAGCGAUUCGGCGUCGCCUGUCGUCUCAUCGGUCAUGCCCAGGAGAGGAACAGGCGUGGAGCGCCCGAGGUCAAGAGUGAGGACGUUGGAAAGGCCGGCCCACUCCCGACCUUCAAGGGCUACGCCCUCCCCGCCCAUCUCUCGCACCCUCCUCCCUCCUCGACCUCCUCCUCGAGCGCUCUCUCGCCUCCAACCUCACCCUCCCCCACCUCAGCUCCAGCUCGGCAAUCCUCCCUCCCGCCCUCGAACCCGCGCCUAACCACCAUCUCCCCCACCGACAAGGCCAACUACACGCGGAUCUUCUCCGCUGCGAAUGGUGGAAAUGUCGGCGGAUUGUUAGACGGUGAUAAGGCGAGGGAGAUUUGGGUCAAGAGUGGGUUGCCCUACGACGUUCUGGGCCAGAUCUGGACCCUCGCCGACACCCACUCGCGCGGCGCACUCGACCUCACAGACUUCACCAUCGGCAUGCACCUCCUCCACCUCGUCCUCGACGGCUCCCUCCCUCGCUCCGUCUCUGGUCUCCCAAAGGUACUCGAUCCGAAGAUGUACGCCGCAGCAGCUGGGCUUCCUUUGCCAGGCCAGGGCGCGCCUACUCCCUCCACUCCCUCCGCCGCGCCCUCCACCCCUACUCCCACCGCGCCUCAGCAGCAGCAGCAGCAAGGAGGCUGGCUCAUCACUCCGGCUGAAAAGUCCGAAUCAGACACCUGGUUCUCGCAGCUCGAUACCCAGAACCGAGGGAUCUUGGAGGGCGAUCAGGCUGUUGGGUUUUUCGGGCAGAGUGGGUUGGAGGUUGGGAGGUUGGCGAGGAUUUGGGACCUCGCGGACUUCGAGAACAAGGGAUUCCUUACGAAGGACACGUUCGCCGUCGCGAUGCACCUCGUCAAGAAGGCCGUCGCGGACCCUUCGUUCGUCCUCCCCGACUCGUUGCCGGACAACCUCCGUCCUCCCACCUCUGCCUCGACCUCGAAUGCGGGCGGGAGUCAAGUCCAGCGCGACUUGCUGGACUUAAUGGACGACGACGACGGCGCGCCUUCGACUCCGACUGCCGCGCCCUCCUUCGCGCCCCAGCCUCAGACACAGCGCUCGCUCUCCCCUCAGCUGACCGGCCAACGCUCGACCAUCCCCCCGCCCAUCCAAGCGACGAUGCAGCCUCUCCCGCUCUCGCCGCAAGGAACAGGCCAGCCGCAGCGGAGCUUGUCGCCUCAAGCGACGGGCGGGAGCGCACGGGGCGUUGGGAUGGUCUCGAGUCCGCUUGCGACCUCGGCACCGCGCGGAGGGUUCGGGGAUGACUUUGCGCCUGCCUCCUCUUCGUCGCCAGCUCCCGUUCCUCAGCAGCAGCAGAAAACCUCGUCGAACUUCUUCGACGAGAACGACGAUGCGGAUCUUGCUGCGACCGCCUCAUCGCUCGCUUCCCGCGCGUCAAACCUCCGCACCGAGCACGCGAGCGUCUCGAAAGACCUCGAGUCGACCUCCGUUUCUCGCGCCGAACUCGAGUCGCAAGUCCAGGCUCACAACAAGGAGAUCGAGUCGCUCCAAUCGCAAGUCUCUGCCGCGCGCGAGGCGUUCGAGACUGAGCGUACGAGGGUGGAGGAAUUGCGAGCGCGCCGGGACGAACAGAAGCGGGUUCUUGAUCGUGCGAGACACGAGUUGAUUAGCGCUCAGUCGGAUUUGAGCGGGUUGAGGAUGGAGAAGACGGAGAUCGAGGGUGAGGUGCUUAGGGAUAAGGAGGAGGUGAGGGAGGUCAAGAGGCAGGUUGCGAUGGUUGAGGAGGAGAAGAGGAUCCUCAGUGCGGAGAUUGAGCGGGUUAGGAAGGAGGUGAGGAGGGAGAAGGGGUUGGGCGCUAUUGCGCGCAAACAGCUUGCGAGCGUGGAGGCGGACCGCUCGAGGCUUGAGGGCGAGCUGGAGCGCGCGCGGGCCGGACACCUCGAGGGCGAGCAGGAGGAACAUGGUCUCGUCACGGCCAAGGACGAGGCCGCUCUCGCCGCGACUGCUCCGACCGCUCCCGCCGCACACGCCGCUGCCGUCCCGCUUCCCGCCACGCCCGCUGGAGUCGUCUCCCCCGCCGCCAGCACGAAGAGCACCAACCCGUUCGACCGCUUCACUCAGACUCAGCAAGGCCUCUCGCCUCAACCGACCGGCGGAUCGGCCAAGUCCACCAACCCGUUCGCGAGCUUCGGUACGCAUGCGCAGCCGCAAGAACGCGCGGUCGAGACGCCUAAGCAGGAGGAGCAGACUUCGCUCCCCGUCGCGGCGGCCGCGGCGAUUGGAACGGGCGCGCUUGCUGCGCUUGGAGCGGCGGGCGCCGGGAUCGCUCAUGCGGUCGGUGUCGGCAAGAGCGACGAUGAGCACAAGAAGGAGGAGGCUUCGCACGGCGACGAGGCCGAGAAGGAUCCCUUCGGCGUUCCCUCGACUGCCGAGGUCAAGGACGCCCGCGACGACGGCUUUGGCGACGACUUUGCCGCCUCGAGUGCCCAGCCCAGCGCGGGCGGCUUCGAAGACGACGCCUUCAACGUCACGCCGACUGCGACGACCGCUCCGACCGGCGCAGACGACGGCUUCGACGACGAGUUCAAGGCGUUCGACUCUGGCGCUCCUGCCGAGUCGUCCAUCCCCGAACCGGUAGAAGGCACGCUCGGCGAGAUUGACUCGUCGGCGGGCUUUACGGACGCCGUUCGCGACCUGAAUGAUGGCAAGGGUCCGGACGCCGUUGAGGGAACCCUCGGCGAGGUCGACAAGGACGCUGGGUUCGAGGAGGCGUUCAAGGAGGUCGAAGAGCACCACCAUGCUCCCUCCACUGAGCACGAGGCGACUUCAGCGGCUCCCAAGCUCGACAAGAGCAAGGAGAGGGCAAUCGAGGACGAUGUCUUCGGCGAGGGCGGAGUCGGUACUUCGACGCCGCCGAGGGUCGACUACGACAGCGACAGCGGUGACGACGAAGCGGAAGGUCCUGAGGAGGCGUUUGGCUCCACUCGUGCUCACCAACGCGAUCUCGAAUCCUCCGCCGACGAAAGCGGCUUCGCGACUCCAGCCGCUGCUUCGACCGACCUGGGCGCGUCCUCCGUCGCCGACAUGGCCGCCGUCACCGGUGCCGCCUCGCUCCCUCACAACGCUGAAGCUGGGCCGACCGCGGAACUCGCUUCGCGCGGUGCAGGCGAGCAAGCCCGCACAAACGACUCCUCCGAGUCGGGCGAGUCUUACGUUCAUGUCGACGUCGGACCGACUGGCACGGCCGAGAGUGUGGACAUGCUCGAGCCGCCCGCGCCCGCGAGCUUCCAGCCUGCCUCACCCGCUGUUACGCCCACUCAACGUCGCGCAGCUCCCCCUCCCCCUCAGCGCUCCGCUGCUGCAGUGUCGACGCCGCCUGUCGUUCCGGCAUCCCCAGGCGAUGCAGACAAGGGUAUCGCCCCGGCCGGUGCCAACGUCGACCAGCCGGUCAGCAAGCCGGAGGACGACUUCGAGUCCGCUUUCGCCGACAUGAGUGUCUCGUCUGCCCCUGGCUCUUCGUCCAUCAGUGCGCCGACGGCGACGACCCAGCCGGACUUCGACUCGUUCGACAACGAUUUUGAGUUCCAGCCCUCGUUCGACGAGGCCGAGGCGGUCUCUGCCGCUCAGACGGCGCACAACCUAGCCGCUGUCCAGUCCGAGGUCGCGCCCACGGACUUUGACGACGCUGCUUUCGCCGAUUUCGACUCGACGUUCGCAAACAACCCGUCUCAGGCGCCGUCGCAGGCUCAGGCGCCGCAGGAUGCCGGCUUCGACAGCGCUUUCGACGACAGUUUCGGCGUCUCGUCAACUAGCACAGCAUCUGCCGCUGCACCGGCUAUCACGACGGGCGAAGGCGCGGAAGGCGGCAUCCCCGCUCUCGGUGCGUCUCUCGGUCCCGCCACGACAGCUUCGCCAGUCCCGCAGUACGCUCCUCCGCCCGGCCCGCCUCCUCCUCCCAAGCACCACUCGACGCUGAAUGCUGGCGACGAGGACUCGGACGCGGUCAAGACGAUCAAGUCAAUGGGCUUCUCGCGCGAGCAGGCUAUCGAGGCGCUCGAGAAGUACGAUUACGACGUCAACCGCGCCGUCAACAGCCUCGUCGGCUGA